AUGGCAACAGCACUGGUUUCAUUGCCUUUCAUAUUUCAUUUUACCUUAACCACCGCCACCACAACAGCCUCUGGUAACCUAGUGAUUAAUCUCAUACACUAUGAAUCAUCAACAUUAUCUCCCUAUAAUUCAAAAGACGCCAUUAAGAAUCUUUACUCACACAAAAUAAUAAAGCAAGCUUCUAGUAAUGAGUAUAUAUCCAAUCUUGUUCCUAGCCCCAGAAAGGUUGUGUUCUUGAUGAAUUUCUCCAUAGGUGAACCACCUAUUCCACAACUUGCUGUCAUGGACACUGGCAGCAGCCUUACAUGGGUCAUGUGUCAUCCUUGCACAUCUUGUUCCCAGCAAUCUGUUCCAAUAUUUGACCCUUCAAAAUCCUCCACAUAUGCUAGCUUAACAUGCAGUGAAUGUAACCAAUGUGAUGUGAUGAAUAGUGAGUGUCCAUAUAGUGUAGAGUAUGUUGGGAGUGGUUCAUCAGAAGGUGUAUAUGCAAGGGAACAAUUAACCUUAGAGACCCUAGAUGAGAGCAUAGUGAGAGUGCCUAGUUUGAUAUUUGGCUGUGGUCGCAAGUUUAGCAUAUCAUCCAAUGGUUACCCCUACCAAGGAAUCAAUGGGGUGUUUGGACUUGGUAGUGGAAGGUUUUCUCUGCUUCCUAGCUUUGGUAAGAAAUUUUCAUAUUGUAUUGGCAAUUUAAGAAACGCUAAUUAUAAAUUUAACAAAUUGGUUUUGGGGGACAAAGCCAAUAUGCAAGGUGACUCAACAACUUUGAAUGUAAUCAAUGGUUUGUAUUAUGUUAACCUAGAAGCUAUAAGUAUAGGUGGGAAAAAGAUUGAUAUAGAUUCAACUGUGUUUGAAAGAUCAGCAACAGAUAAUAACAGUGGAGUAAUAAUUGACUCUGGAGCAGACCACACGUGGCUUACAAAAUAUGGAUUUGAAGUGCUCAGCUUUGAAGUUGAGAACCUUCUUGAAGGGGUUUUGGCCCAAGAUAAGCACAACACUUAUACAUUAUGCUAUAAUGGUGUAGUAAGCCGAGAUUUAAGUGGAUUUCCAGUGGUGACAUUCCAUUUUGCGGAGGGUGCAGUUUUGGACUUGGAUGCAGCAAGUAUGUUCAUACAGACCUCAGAGAAUGUAUUUUGCAUGGCUGUGCUUCCAGGAAACUAUUUUGGAGAUGACUAUGAAAGUUUUUCUUCUAUUGGAAUGUUGGCUCAACAGAAUUAUAAUGUAGGUUAUGACUUGAAUGGGAUGCGUGUGUAUUUUCAGAGGAUUGACUGUGAACUUCUUGACGGGUGA